AUGAAUACAUUCUGGGAUGAUGGAGAGGAUACAGAGAAUGAGGAGACUUUUAAGACUGCGAUAAAGACUACCAACUUCCUCGUGGACGAUGAUGACUUUGAUAAUUGGAACUCACCAUCUGCCGCUGAGUUGACCAAAGGUUGGGGAGACGAUCCCAUUCACACUAGCAACAAUCAUAUGCACAACAUGUAUCAUGGCUUUGGUAGUAACAAUAACAACAACAACAACAACAUCAGCCACAACAACAACUUCUUUAAUGGUAGUAGUGGCAUCGAUCAUGUUCAACAUCAGCCACAGCAACAACAACAACAACAACGACCUACCAAGGGUAAAGCUCAAACUAAGCAACAACCAAAGGAACCUAAACAACCUAAGCAACCGAAGCAGCAACAGCCAAAGCAACAACAAAAGGAACAGAAACAGACAAAGCAGCAGCAACAGCAACAACAGGUGGAGUCCAUCAAGAGCGAGAGUGUUGUAUCACUGAGCGAGAGUGAUAUACAUGCUGCUGCUAAGCCAAUACAAACACCACCACCUCCAACCCAUGCCGAGCAUUUGGACAUCGAGUCUGAUGAAGAUGAUGACGAUCAAUAUCCAUCACUCUCAAUGAAGAAUCAGAGAAGGAGGCCUACGAGAAAGAAUGUUACCAAUUUGGAACAACAACAAUUGCAACAAGAACAACAACAACAACAACAACAACAACAACAACAUGGUGAUCAACCGACUUCGCCCAAGUCCUGGAGUGAGGUGGCCAGCCUCCUACAGAUGCAGCAGCAGCAACAGAGCAAGCAGUCACAACCGCCACAACUGCCCAGACAACAGACCAAGCAACAACAGCAACAACAACAACAACAGAGGAAUCAUCAACAUGAUAAUGACAACGAUUAUGAUGAUAGUAAUGAUGAGCAUUAUGAUGAUGAGUCAGUGGAAGUGACACCAACAGAUUACAAUCAAAAGUUGAUCAUCAAGUCCAACAAGACAGUGAACACCUACCAGCCAUUAACAACCAAGAUCCUGCGGUCCAAAGAGCCACUGACAGCUGUUACUAUUAUCUCUAACAAGGAUAAGAGCCAGAGAAAGAAGGAGGCCAAGAAGGUUGCAUCAAAGUCAACUUCCAAGCCAACAACAACAACAUCAUCAAUAGCGUCCAUUCCAUCCCCAUCCCAAUCCCAAUCACAGUCCCCAUCACCAUCUUCAACAAGCCCGGCAAUGUUGUCCUCGUCAGCGUCAACCACAGUGAUAUCAAAGACUAAGAAGAUUGCGACUCCACCAUCAACGUCAUUGCCAAAGCCUCAACAACAAAGAACAUCCUCUUCCUCAUUGAUGCAUCACCAGAACCAAAUCCAGACUUCUCCAAGCGAUAACAGUUCAAGUUCCAGCUCGAUCUGUGGUACACUGUUGACCGUUGUCCUCGGUCUAUUGAUAACAAUCAUUGCAUUUGCUGUUGGUCUCAAGUUGCCAGACAUAAUGGCCGCACUCCAACAACAACAACAACAACAAUGA